UUCAACGCUAGCAAUGUUAUGGUAUGUUGUGCUUUGUUUUGAAUACUCCUGAAAGUGUACGUUAGUUGGGAGUCCCAUUGUCGAUGUGAAAUUAGUGGACUGCAACAAAUGACACACCAUCAACUGAUUGGAUGUUAAUAGUUGUACGCUGGUGGAAGUACCGCAGUUACCAGCUGCCAGACUUGUUCGAAUGCAGCACAACAAAAUAUUGAUCUGGUCCAGGACGAAUUUUUGUUCUAGUACAGUCUGGUGAGGAUACCUGCUAGCAGCACCAACAUCUAGGAUAUUACCAGUUGCUUAUUAGCAAUUCAACUGCAGCCUGCUGCCUAGUGCUUAGAGAGCUGGCUAUUGGAAAAAUCAGCAACUUCCAAUGAUGCCCAAUACCAUUGGACUUAACUGGUCAGCAAUCAUCAUAAUUUUGACCAAAAGUGAUGGCCCCUGUCAGUGUUUUACUAGGCCAGUGUAUAGAAGAGUCUGAUGUUAGGAUGUUACAAGGACGUACAUUUGGUAAAGGACACAGUGGAAGACAGAGUUUAAUGUGAAGGACUCGUGGUGGUGGUGGUUAUACUGACUGAGCCAGUGUGUGUGUGUGUGUGUGUUUCACAAUGCAUCACGUCGUGCGAAUGCGGAUUCGGCAGCUCGAGAUGGAGAAAAGUGUUGGUGGCGCUAACUGCAGUGAUCUCAAGACCCAGUCGGUUGCAAGUUUACCACUAGAAAAUCCGCGGACUUCAAAACUUGUCACCCAGGGUAGUAUCAGCUGCAGUCGCAUCCAGCGACAACGUUCAUUCAAGAGCACCUGUGAUGAAGUGUACAAACGGUCGCGGCUACAGUCGGCCGGUUACGAGUUGUCUCAGGACCUCCAGGACAAGCAGGUUGAGAUGCUAGAACGCAAGUACGGAGGUUCUUUCCGAUCACGCAAAGCCGCAAAAACGAUUCAGAGAGCUUUCCGGCAGUAUUGCAUGAACAGGAACUUUCAGAAAUUGCGCCAUUCUGUUGGAGAGAGAAGACUGUCGAAAAGACUGUCCGAACUCGGGCGUAGCAACACAAUCUGGACUGAUCGGCUGGACGGCAAGUUUGCCAUGGGAGCCGAUGGUUCUGAUUUAACUGAAGAAAGUAAAUUUGGAAGUGAUGUUAGAAAGAUGGUGGCAGAAUUUGAAUCGACGAGACAGGAAAGCCGGCUGUACAGUCAGAUGUCGUUUGAUCAAGGCACGAACCUGGACAAUCGUCUUUCUCGACGGGACAGGAAAAUAUUGCAGCGUUCAGCAGAGGUUAUAGACCAUUCCGACAUUCCAGGUGACAGGAAACACAAAAACGGAUCUGUGUUGGUCGAUGAGACGAACAAUAACCGGAACUCUUACCCCGAAAUGAACCAGAAUAACUCGAGCGAAUCCCAUUUACCCAUAGAAAGUGCUGUAGACCCUCAUAGUGUAGACUUUGAGACAUUGUUAGAAAGCAAGGAAACUGACAUCCUUGCGGACAGUUUUCACAGUGAUGGGAGUCAGGAAACGAACACUCUGACCUUCACCCACCGGCCCUCAGCUUCAUCACUUGGGUCCGACUAUGGUUCACCCGCUUUUGUAGAUAGUGCGAAAGGAUCAUGUACCUCAUUUGACAGUUUACGGAAUUACAACAUAGACUCUAGCGAUUCCGCAUCGGUGAGCAGUGGUGUGCAAAUAAAAGUGGACUUGGCUUCUCCCGAAGACACGAGACUUAUUGAACAAAAUAAUAGCAAUCAAAAAGUUAAAAUGCGUGGUCGUAAACCAGGGGAGGUAGAAAAAUCAAAACCCUUGUUGCCUUCUCGGCCACCCGAAAUGUCGCCGAUAUGGAAACGGAAAGAGACCAAUGGUGUGAAUGGGAACGGAAGUAUACCUGCUGUGAUGGCUAUUAAAAAUGAACCAAAGAGAAUGAGCAACAUAUCUGAAACAAGUGAACCGGACAGUAUUGAUGGGCGGUGUUCUAGUUCUCCGAGUUCGGAAAACAUCAGCACGGAAAAUAUUAGUAUUUCUAGUGACAGUAGUCUUAGUUACCAGCGCCGUCUUAGGCUUAGCGUUACCCCCGACCAGCAGAUUCCAACAAAAGUGAACGACAAGCAGCGUAAACGUUUGUACCGCAUCGGACUUAACUUAUUUAACAAAAAACCUGACAAGGGUCUGAAUUUCUUGGUUGACCAUGGGUUUGUGGAAGGCACGCCACCAAGUGUUGCCAAGUUCUUCAUCAUGAGAAAAGGAUUAAGUAAACAGAUGAUUGGAGAAUUCUUGGGCAACUUGCAGAAUCAGUUCAACAUGGAAGUUCUAAGUUAUUUCACUGAAGAAAUAGAUUUGUCUGGCCUUCAAGUUGAUGUUGCCCUCAGGAAGUUCCAGUCCUAUUACAGAAUGCCGGGUGAAGCACAGAAGAUAGAGCGACUUAUGGAGGCAUUUGCAUCCCACUUCUGUAUCUGUAACCCCGACCAGAUGAAGUACUUCAAGAAUCCCGACACGAUCUUUCUGCUGGCGUUUGCCAUCAUAAUGCUCAACACCGACCUACACAACAAGAACAUCAAAGCCGAACAGAAGAUGAAGCUGGAUGAAUUCAUAAAGAACAUGCGAGGAAUUGAUGAUGGCCAGGAUCUUGACCGAGACUUACUACAAGGGAUUUACGACCGAAUCAAGGCACAAGAGUUCCGACCAGGAGUCGAUCAUGUUAGUCAAGUUGCCAAAGUAGAGCAGUCCAUCGUGGGCAAGAAACCUCAACUGACGUUACCUUGGAGACGGUUAGUGUGUUACUGCCGACUUUACGAAGUACACGACCCCAAUAGGAAGGAGAAGAUUGGACUUCAUCAGAGAGAAGUUUUCCUGUUCAAUGACUUGAUUUUGGUCACAAAGAUAUUUAGCAAGAAGAAAACUGGUAUAACAUAUGCUUUAAAAAAAUCUGCGACCUUGUGUGGCAUGCAAGUAUUCCUGUUUGAAACUUCACAUUACCAGUUCGGUGUUCAGCUGACCAGCAGCAUUGAUGGCAAGGUGUUGAUGACCUUCAAUGCCAGGAACGACCACGACAGACAGAAGUUCAUAGAUGACUUGAAAGAAGCUAUAUUAGAGACUAACGGCAUGGAACAGAUGCGGAUCGAAGAAGAGAUGCACCGUCACCGCGUGAACCACAACACACUGGACAAACACUAUGCCCAUGACGACUCGCGGGUACACAUGUACGAACUUUUGAAGCCCUCCGACCCUGCCACUAACAGGCUGUCUGCACCCGAGUGUGGCUUGAAGAAAGUCCCUCUUUCCAACUCGCUUACUGAUCUGUGUGAAGCUCCAGGGAUGAAGCGAGGUAGCAGUGGAGCGUCCCUAGACAGCGGAGUGGUAUCAGGAAGUGUGGGCAGUUCCAGUAGUCGAGAAGAAGCAUUCUCACCUAACCCAGCGCGAACAGCCAGGCCACAGCCAGUGCAUGUGAAGAGUUCGGGCAGACAGAGCAAGAACUCACAGGUCCAGCUGAAGAAAGACCUGCCGGAGGGAACAGAAGUCUAACUUGCAGGAUGGUGUCUGCUGCAACAAGACUUGGCCUCAUAGACAGCAACAUAGUAUUGGACAGAAAACGUAGCAUCUGGCCAUCAUGUUCUUGCACAGACAACAUAACAUUUGGUUAUCAUGUUCUUGGAUAGACAACAUAACAUCUGACCAUCAUGUUCUUGAAUAGACAAAGUAACAUCUGGCCAUCAUGUUCUUGGAUAGACAAAGUAACAUCUGGCCAUCAUGUUCUUGGAUAGACAAAGUAACAUCUGGCCAUCAUGUUCUUGGAUAGACAAAGUAACAUCUGGCCAUCAUGUUCUUGGAUAGACAAAGUAACAUCUGGCCAUCAUGUUCUUGGAUAGACAAAGUAACAUCUGGCCAUCAUGUUCUUGGAUAGACAACAUAACAUCUGACCAUCAUGUUCUUGAAUAGACAAAGUAACAUCUGGCCAUCAUGUUCUUGGAUAGACUAAGUAACAUCUGGCCAUCUGACAAAAAAAAAAAAAUGCAUUUGGAUUCACAAAUAAAACAGGUCAUAGAAGCUAACGUCCGAGAAUGACUGUUGUGUAACCAAAGUAAUAUCAUCACGUUGAUAGAUGGUAGAAGAGUUGAUGGAGAAUUGAGCAAAAUUACAUCAACCACCACCGAUAGAAUUAGGAGAUUAUGUUCAUUGAAACUUAAGAGGAAUUUAACUACCAUCUACAAGAUCAGACUUCUGACAAAAAUAAAAUCUUUAGAAUUUUGAUGGUUCAGUGAAAAUGUGAAAUGAAGGCAUAGUUCCAUAAUAACCUAGAACCUCAUCAUUAUCCAGCAGGGACCAAGAUCAUUUGUUUUGUUUCUUUGGAGGCUCAUUUCCCAACAUCACUGAUAAACAAAUGCUAGGACUCCUUAGUUUUCCAGUGCCCAAAGUCUUUCAUUUUGAGUUGCACAAGUUGUCAUACGGUAAUAGAUCUUGUCUGCACCUAGGUAGUAUUAGCAAUUUGUUGUGCGAUUCUGACUGCCUUAUCACGUUAUGGCCAUACAGUGGACUGCUUCCUUGUGCCUGCAUUUUGAAAAGACAGUGUCAUGAGAUGUGUGGAAAGUGGUACCAAAAUCUCGAGUCUUAUAAACGGAUGUUAAGAAUGAGCUUAACUUAGAUGAAGGCAUUAGUACUGAGAUGAGGUGAAUAAAGAAAUAUGCAGAAUUCUCAUGUAAUCCAAAUUGUUUUGAAUAUACAAAACCAAGAAAGAAACAGUAGGAUUUAUUUCUCAAUAAGGGCUUUGAGGAACUUGAAAUAUUAACGAAUACAAAUUUUGAAUCUAGAUUUGAAUGCCAUACAAAUUUCAUACAAAUAUUGUUAACUUGUAUGACCUAAUUAGAUGAGAUUCUAAAGAUAUGUAUGUAUGAAACCAUAUUGGUUCCACUCAAAACCAUCCUGCAGUGAAAUCAUAUUUUGACAUAAACUAGUAACCAAUGUUUUUGAUGUUGGAAAGAGGUUUUGCAGAGCAUGUAAAAGAUCUCUCAUUACUAACGUGAAAAUGUAGUGGAUUUCCUCUGAUGUCAGAAUUACCAAAUGCUCGACAUCCAAUAGCCGAUGAUUAAUAAAUCAGUGUGCUCUAGUGGUGUCGUUAAACAAAACAAACUUUAACUUUAUUUGAAACUGUUACACCAGGCUGCAUGAAAACCACAACUAAUUACUACAGUAACAGUAAAAUAUGCAGUUCUCACCAGUAGCUUCAUAUACAUGUGUUUAUUGCAUAUUUCUGUAUUCAUGUCUGUCUAGUGAUAAAGAAAAGGAAAAGAUAAUGAAGGCUGAAAGGGAGUUAUUUGUGCAGCAUUUUUAGUUGAUGAAAAUGUUUGUUAAUAAUCAACAUGUCGACUAGGUUAACAAGUUAGUAGAAGACUUGACAAAUUGAAAAUAUGAGCAGCGAGUGAUGUUUCAGAGAGGAACACAUACAUAUCAGUGUUCAAGACAGACAUGUAUUAAUUUUUGGUGCAACCCAGCAGCGUUUGAUUUAAUCUAUAGGAUUAUUCUUUAUUGGUCUGUUUAUGGAAUGGUGUGUUUGUAUACUAUCAAGGGCAGAUAAUUUAUGCAAAUUUCAUUUCAUGGAUUUUUUCCAGUAUUUCUAACUGUAUAUUUCUGUGCAUUUUUGAAGUUUUUCUACUUUUUGUUGAAAAGGGAGACAAACGGAAACUUACCAUUAGUUAUUAUGCUGCAGAAAUUUGGAGAAUCAUUGUUAAUAUAUAUAUGUAGUGUGAAUGGAUGUAAUCAUUUCAAUAUGCAAACUGGAUGUCAAAGUUCAAACUAGGGAAACUGAAUUUUGAUAAUGGUAAUCAUGGAAUCGGAAUCGUUAUAAAAUAGAAAAUACCUAUUCUUGCCAACCAGAAAAUAUCGAUUAUGUAUACCAUUUGUCUGCCCAUGUGGGUGUAUUAUUACAGUUGUGUUACUAUCAUUUUUAUUACAGUUAAAAGCAAAGUUGUCAUUUUGCAAAAAGCAAAGGUAAUAGUACUGUUUUGUUUUUUCAGACUAGUACAAACUGCAUCAAAGUAAUUAUGUUGUCUCCUGGUUCAAGAUGUAUUGCCAGCAUCUUCCUCUUUCAGUCUAAAGUGCAAUAUUGAUGUCUCGAACAUAUAGUACUCUUUCAUUUCUGUCAUCCUUGACAUACCUCAGAAUAAAAACUGUCUUUGUGUAUUUAAAUUGCUGAGAUAACAUUCUGAAUAAUUAAGGGUAAUAUCUCUGUAGGAUAGAGGUGGUAGAAGUUUAAGUUUAAUAUCACCUAGCCACUAUCUUAAUGUUCAUAACAUGAUUUAAUAAAAGCUAUAAAUAUUAGUUAAUUUCUAUAAUUUGCACAACUAUCUGAAAUGUUCCAAGUCUAGGGUGGGUGAGACGGUGAACAGUGUAGUUUUUUUCUAUGUUCACAAGACUUCUUUUUUGUGCUUACCUUUGUACUGUUAAUUAUGCAACAUUUAAUAUUUUUCUUGUACAAAAUAAUGUAUAUCAAACAAAUUGAUAGUAAAAUUAAGAUUUCAAAAACACGUCAAAAGAUCAAAAUUAUAUUUGGGUGUCUGUGCAUGCGUGUAUUUAAUUUGAGUGAAAGUGAAAACUUGGUGUAGUGGAAGAACAAAAUUAUUGUAAAAAUGUAAAUAGAAUUUCAUAUGUGGGAAGAAUCAAUAGCUUUGUUCAAUGAAAAUUCACUAAUCAGAAAGUAUUUUAAUGUUUAUUUUCCAUUCAUGAUGUAUAGAGCUUUAUUAAAUUUUGACUAUUUAUAUAUAAUUUUUGUAGGAAUGUUUUGUUUCCUAAGUUAUAUGGAAUGGAUCUUUCUUCAUUCAUCCAUCCAUUUGUUACAGUUGCCAGAGGUGCUUGAUAGUGUAAGGGAGAUAAUCUAGAGCACACAAUUUAGGAAAUGUUUUCAAAUAAGAGUUUCACAUAUUAAAUUUAUUUAUAUGUAUUUAUUUUGUAAAUCCAUGGAUGUAACUAAUAGUAAUAAUUAAUGAUUAUAGUGUGUAAAAAGGCACAGAAAGUGACAAGACAACUAUUAAGUUUUAUUAAUAGUUAACAAAUUCUAUUUCUCUGAAGAUUGCAAACAACUUACAUUCUUACAUUUACAGUGAUACGACAUCAUUUGUUGACAUGUUAAUACAUUCACCUUUAAUCAUUUUUAAAUGUUUUUUUUAUUAUUAUUUAAUAUUGAAUUUUAAAAAAAAUAUUGUAUACUAGUUCACUUUUGCAAUUUUUUAUAUAUUUAUAAAAUACACACAAGUGGAUAAAUCCUAAAUAUAUUAUCAGUGGCGGAUCCAGAAAAUCCAUUGGGGGGGGGGGGGGAUGCCAAGGGAACUUUGGAGGGGGAUGAAAAUUAAUAUAUAAUAAAAUUAAAACUUGCAAAAUUGGGGGGAGGGGGCAGCAGCCCCUGCUGCCCCCUCCCAGAUCCGCCUCUGAUUAUGUUCUGUAGAAUAUUUAAUUUCAACAACAAAUGAUGACUAGUAUUAUGAGAAUUCAAUUCCUGACCUCUCCUGCAACUAUAGGACAGCAUGCUGUUGUUUUGUUGUGUAUAUUAUUAUACAUUAUGUACAAGCUUCAUUGUAUUUCUCAAUAAGGAGAGGAGCUUGACCCAUACACAUGGGUGUUGUUUUCAUUCUCACAGAUUUGCCAAAUUAAAAUGCAAAACAUA